AUGCUCAUGGGCUACAUGUCUCUGGACAAGCUCGGCGUGAUGAUCAUGACGAUGGAAGGAACGGAAGAGGAGAAAUCCCAAGCGAGGAAGGUGCUUCCGCUGCUGAACCAAGGGCACCGCGUGUUGGUGUCCAUCUUGUUGUUAAACUACCUUGGUUUGGAGGCCCUUCCCAUCUGGCUGAAUCGACUUAUGCCGGAGGGAACGGCGAUCGUUGUCUCGGUCACGUUCGUGCUGUUCUUUGGUGAGAUACUGCCGUCCGCCAUCUUCACGGGGAAGCAUCAAAUGACCAUUGCCGCCAAACUCGCGCCUUUGUGCCACCUUGUGAUGGCGGCCACAGCCCCGCUGUCGUACCCCAUUGCUAAAGGUUUGGAUUUGUGGAUGGGGGACACCAACGGCAUGGUGCGGUUUCGACGCAACGAGUUGAAGGCGCUCAUUUCUCUGCAGCAGCAUCCACACCAGUCUCCGUCGCCAACUGGGGAGACGGGGGCGGUGCUGCCCACGUGGGAUUCGAGGUCGUCCUCGAUUCGUAGCACCGACUUGCUGGACGACGAAGUCACAAUCAUCAACAGCGCCCUCGGCAUGUCGUUGAAAAAAGUCGAAGCGAUCAUGACGCCCUUCGACCAAGUGUACAUGGUGAAUGACGAGCGGUUGCUGGACAAAGCCCUCAUGGAAGAGAUCGUGGCCAGUGGAUACAGCCGGAUUCCAGUCUUCUGUGGCCAUCGCAGCAACAUCCGGGGCAUUCUCCUAGUCAAACGACUCAUUGGGACAACAAACGGCUACGGGAUCACGUGCUACACAAACCCCACGUUGUGCCACCGACCCAUUCCUGCUACGCCAUCAUAUGUCCAAGCGUGCUGGGACAACGACGUUCCCAUCGAUCCCAAUAUGGCUGCUUUUCACGGCGUCGUGACCAACGAAGAUGUGUUGGAAGAGCUCAUCCAAGACGACUUUUACGACGAAUCCGACCGCGUCGACAUGCAUUUGAGACGCGCAGACACGGAGACACGCCGCGAGCGCUGCCGAGCUGCCGGCGUGCAGCGAGCAGAAAUGAUUGACCAUCAUUCUGUCAACGUCGUUGGCGUUCCUCGGCCCAAGAGCAUGUUCACCGGGAUUAUUGAAGAGAUCGGGACCGUGGUGUCUCGCGUCGAGAAGGAUGACAUGCAGAUGUGGGACGGCAGUGUCGCAAAGGGCACGGUCUUGGUCGUUCGCUUGGAAGUUGCGUUGGAUGGCGCGUACAUUGGCUGUAGCAUUGCCAUCAACGGCACGUGCCUCACGGCCACCGAUAUCGACCGCGACACUGGCCACGUAUCGUUUGGCUGUGCGCCAGAAACGUAGCGUCCCUUGCUUGGCAGCAGCCACACUGUGUCUCACGCGUGUUGUAGGUUGCGAUUGACGAACUUGCGUGUGUUGGAGGCCGGCGACAAGGUCAACGUGGAGCGCGCGAUGGGGGCGCAGGACCGGAACAGCGGCCAUUUCGUACAAGGACAUGUCGAUGGCACGGGAAAGAUCCUGGAAUUGACCAAGGAAGGCGAGUCUCUGUGGGUGAAAAUCCAAGCAGAGCCAUCGCUGUUGGCGCAUGUCGUGCCCAAGGGGUUCAUUGCCAUCGAUGGCACGAGCCUGACGGUGUGCGAGGUGAACAGCCGACAAGGCUGGUUCAACGUGAUGCUGAUCACGCACACCCAGCAAAGCAUCGUGUUGCCGACCAAAUCCGUGGGAGACCUCGUCAACUUGGAGGUACUCUGCCGUUGGUCUCGAUCUAGUCGUCGUACUGGUGGUGGGUAGGGCGACGUCAUUGGCAAGUACGCCGCCAAGUCUACGAAUGCGUUUGCAUUGCGGUUGGAGACGCUGGAAAAGACGCAGCGCAAUGCGUUGUUGGCUGCUGGGAUCGUGGGUGGCGCCAUUGGCGCUGCGGUCGCGCUGGUCGCAACCCACAAAUAAACAAGUGAUUCCGUUUACACUAUCGAGUUUUGCUAUUUGGAUGGUAGUAGUCAACGCACUGCUAGUGGGGCAACGGAGGUAGCCGGGACACGUCUAGCUCGUCCUCGGAGAUCGAGUCGUCGGCGUGGUCGGGGGCCCCGGACUUGUUGCCGCCCAGCAUGGGGAGGGGAUGAAACAGCGUCAUGUCCCCGUGAUCGUCGCCGUCGGCGUCUGCCGCUUGGACUCCAAUGUCCUUCCGCCGACUCGACAUGGCUGCGUGGAAGCCUUUGGUGUGAUGCGAUAAUGCCUUAGUCGAUGAUCCUUUCGAUUUGUUGGCCGCUUUGUCCAUCUGGGACUUGUCUCGCUUGAAAUGCAGCACGUCCGAGUCGCUCACAAACUUCUUGGCGGGAACGGGAUCGGUGGCUUUCUUGACAUUCGGCGCCGAUACCCUUUUUUUUAUUGCAAAGUUGUGGUCGUGAUGUCGAGCGAGCCCGAGCUUGCUGGCUUGAGCUCCAACUCCUGCUUUGACGGCUGCGGUUCCCUUCUUCUUCUUCUUGUCGUCGUCGUUGUGCAUGCUGGAUGGGACAGCGCCCAGAUAACUCUCGAGCGACAUGCCUUCGAUCUCGUUUUCGUCCACCACCGCGGGCUGCUUCUUGGUCGGUGGCUUUUUGCUGCUUGCUUUGUCCUUUGGCGGCAAGGAUUUGCCGGUCAAGUAGUCGCUUAACGAUAGUCCUGCUACACCAGCACUUGUGUCGUCCUUUGCUCCAGAGUCGGAUUCGUAGUCGUCUUCGUAUGGAUCUUCUUCCGUGUCGGCAUCGUUCGACCCGCCAUGCAUGGGGCAGAUGGGAAUCGUGUCCACGGACUCCAUCAUGUGGUCGUCAUCGUCGUCCUUUGUCAUGACCAUGGCGUUGUCAUGUUUGAGCUUGGUGGCCUCCUUUUUCUCUAGCAGUUCCGACGUUUCCUUCAUCGUUUGCACCGUGUACUCCUUCUUGCUGUUAAAGUACUCGUCCAGGGACAGGCCGGUCUCCUGGUUCGGGUCGCUUGAUGGCUCUGCAUCCUUUUUCCCCAUGGCGGUAGGUUUGGCACCACCCACAUGCUUCUUGCGGAGGACCAUACGAGGCGUUGCCUCGCGCCACGUCGUCUGUGAUUGAAGUUGCA